CAGAAGCGAGCAGCCGGCUAGGCAUUGGAGCUGCUAGGAGCAAUGGAUGCGACGGCGGCGACGAGGCGUCUCAUGAGGCUCGGCUGCUGCAUCUCCGGUGUUCUUGUGCUGUCGUUCCUGCUACCCAGCGCCCUCGCCGAGGAGCGAUUCUACGAGUUCGUGGUCCAGGAGACGGUGGUGAAGAGGCUGUGCGAGACGAGCAAGAUCAUCACGGUGAACGGGCAGUUCCCGGGGCCGACCAUCGAGGUCCACGACGGCGACACGCUGGCGAUCAAGGCCGUCAACAGGGCGCAGUACAACGUGACCCUCCACUGGCACGGACUCCGGCAGCUCCGGAACGGGUGGGCGGACGGGCCGGAGUUCGUGACGCAGUGCCCGAUCCGGCCGGGGUCCAGCUACACGUACCGGUUCACCGUCCAGGAGCAGGAGGGCACCCUGUGGUGGCACGCGCACAGCUCCUGGCUCCGCGCCACCGUGCACGGCGCGCUCGUCAUCCUCCCCAAGCGCGGCCGCCCCUACCCGUUUCCCAAGCCCGCCAAGGAGUUCCCCGUCGUCCUGGCGGAGUGGUGGAGGAGGGACCCCAUCGCGGUGCUCAGGCAGUCCAUGGUCACCGGCGCGGGGCCCAACGUCUCCGACGCCAUCCUAAUCAACGGCCAGCCCGGAGAUUUCCUCCAGUGCUCCAGCCAAGAGACCAGCAUCAUCCCGGUGGUCGCCGGCGAGACGAACCUGCUGCGCAUCAUCAACGCGGCCAUGAACUCCGAGCUCUUCGUCUCGCUCGCCGGCCACAAGAUGACCGUGGUGGCCGCCGACGCCAUGUAUACCAAGCCCUUCGAGACCACCGUGGUGCUCCUUGGUCCCGGACAGACCACCGACGUCCUCGUGACCGCCCACGCCGCCCCUGGCCGCUACUACCUCGGCGCCCGCGUCUACGCCUCUGCUCGGGGCGUCCCCGUGGACAACACCACAGCCACCGCCAUCUUCCAGUACAAGAAGGCAGCCGCAGGGGCAGGCGCUGGAGCACCAAUGUUCCCUGCUAUGCUGCCGGCCAACAACGACACCAAGACGGCCACCGCCUUCUCCAACAGCAUCCGGAGCCCGAGGCCGGUGAAGGUGCCCGGGCCGGUGACGCAGGAGGUGUUCACCACGGUCGGGUUCGGCCAGUUCAGCUGCCGGCCGGGCCCCUUCUGCCAGGGCCCCAACAACACCCGGCUGGGCGCGAGCAUGAACAACGUGUCGUUCCAGCUCCCCAGCGCCGUCUCCCUGCUGCAGGCGCACUACGGCCGCAUCCCCGGCGUCUUCACCGACGACUUCCCGGCUCGCCCGCCGGUGGUCUUCGACUACACCUCGCAGAGCGUCCCGCGCGCGCUGUGGCAGCCGGUGAAGGGCACGCGGCUGUACCGCGUCAGGUACGGCGCCGUGGUGCAGAUGGUGUUCCAGGACACGGGCAUCUUCGCGGCGGAGGAGCACCCCAUGCACAUCCACGGCUACCACUUCUACGUGCUCGCCACCGGGUUCGGCAACUACGACCCGAGGCGGGACGCGGGCAGGUUUAACAUGGUCGACCCGCCCAGCCGGAACACCAUCGGCGUGCCCGUCGGCGGCUGGGCCGUGGUGCGCUUCGUGGCGGACAACCCGGGGGUGUGGCUGGUGCACUGCCACAUCGACGCGCACCUCUCCGGCGGGCUCGCCAUGGCGCUGCUGGUGGAGGACGGCAAGGGGGAGCUCCAGGCCACGGUGCCGCCCCCGCUCGACCUGCCCAUCUGUGGCCUCUAAGCUAGCUGGAGGCUUUCUCGAUCGUGGCUUCUGUACAUGGCGGGGAAAUGUGAGCCCCUGCGCGUCGUACUUGUUGUGUUGCCAGCUGUUUGCCAUUCAAGUUUGGCACUGUAAUUUGAAUUUCGAAUUUAAGUUCAAAAAGAAAAGGCAAGGUUUUCGUGAUAACUUAAUAAAAGGCACGCACUUUUAUGAAGUUAUUAAAAUGUAGCAUCAAAUACAAAACAU